UUUCUGCAUCAUUCUCUUCCUGCUUUUCCACACCACCUCUUCCAUCUUUUAAUUAUAAAACAUAGUACAUGACUUAAUUUUGGAGGUGGGUUUGCUUGUUUUUUGGUUGUUAAUAUUUCGUUUUUACUUACCUACCUUUAAAAACAACCCAAACAAAAUGGAGAAAAUAAAAUUUUUACAAGACACUUAGAUGAGCUCAAAUUUAGUGUUCUGCUUUGAGAAAAGGACUCUGCAUUUUUGCGAUAAUCAAAGAGGCUCCCAUACACAUUUCCACAUAGUGGCCCGCAGCGGCGUUCACACAUCGGUCCCAAUUCAGCCGCCUAGGAACGCAGCGCCGGGCAAGGCAUAAGCGGGCGGCUCCCGCGUCUGCGGCCUCGCCCGGCUCCAGGCGCUGCCAAGCCCCCGCCUCCCGCGGGUCCCGCAGGUCCCGGAGGCCGGCGCGGCGCGGAGAGCCGGUCUCAGCCCCGGGCGGUUCCGCGGAGGGAACCCGAGGGGCGAGCGCCAUGAGGGACCACGCGGGCCCUCGUCUGGAGGAGGCCCCCCCGCGUCCUCCACGAGCCCUUCCACCUGUGCCAAGUGUUAUUCAAGAUGAUAUUCCACUUAACCGUCCCAAGAAGAAGAAGCCCAGAACUAAAAAUGUGCCUGCCAGUGCUGCUUUGGAAGGCGUUGCUCCGACCACUGCUCAUGGACCACCUGAGGACAGUGAGCUGCCAACUAAAGAACUCACAGAACAUCCAGAGGCUCCUGUUCAGAGGAGACAGAGGAAGACACGCCCUUCUCUGGAAUCAGAGACUUCUUUCCCACAGAAAAAAACAUCUAGUCCAUCUUUAUUACGAAGUGAGAAUGGUAUUGACACGGACCGAGCUGGGGAGGCUGUUAUCCGAAAGCCUCGAAGGAAGACAAAGAAGACCCAGCAAGCAGAAAUACAGUACGCCAACGAGCUUGGAGUGGAAGAUGAAGACAUCCUCACCGAUGAGCAGAACGCUCCCGAGCAGCAGGCGAGGUUCACUGCCCCCACUGGCAUCAGCCAGCCUGUUGGCAAAGUCUUCGUGGAGAAAAGCCGGCGAUUCCAGGCCACUGACCGCUCCGAGUUAAUAAAGACCACAGAGAACAUGGAUAUGCUGAUGGACGUGAAGUCAUCCUGGACCACCAGAGAUGUGGCCCUUUCAGUGCACCGGGCCUUCAGGAUGAUUGGUCUCUUUUCUCCUGGCGUGUUGGCUGGCUGUGCUGUGUGGAACAUUGUUGUGAUCCACGUGCUGGCAGGAGGGCAACUGUCUAACCUCCCCAACCUUCUGCAGCAGUACAAGACCCUGGCAUACCCAUUCCAGAGUCUUCUCUAUUUGCUCUUGGCUCUGAGUACCAUUUCAGCUUUUGACAGGAUUGAUCUUGCUAAAACCUCAGUAGCUAUUCGAAAUUUCUUUGCCCUGGACCCAACAGCUUUAGCGUCUUUCUUGUACUUUGCUGCUCUUAUACUAUCUCUGAGUCAGCAAAUGACAAGUGACAGAAUCCACCUUUACACACCUCCUUCUGUCAAUGGUAGCCUCUGGGCAGCGGGAACUGAGAAACAGAUUGUCCAGCCGUGGAUUAUAGUGAAUUUGGUGGUGGCACUUCUGGUUGGAUUAUCUUGGCUUUUCUUGUCUUACAGGCCAGGCGUGGAUCUUAGUGAAGAGCUGCUGUUCUCCUUCGAUGUGGAAGACUGUCCUGAGAAAGACAGAGGAAUCAGAGCCUCCUCAUAAAGCCAGCAUGCCUACAGGGGAAUGGUGGCUCCAUGUUUGUCCCAAACUUGUUUUACAGUUAUUUUUAUAAAAUAUGUAUAUAUUUUUAACUGAUUUUUGGAUUAUAUAAUACUGAAAAACCCACUAUUAUGGACAGUGUUAAAAUUGUAGCUCCUAUUUAUACCCAAACAUUAAUUUCUACAGCAUCAUAUCUUAUUGACAGUGAUAGUGAGCUAAAAGCCAGAAGGUAAAAGUGUUUAUUUCUUAUUCUGUCAAAUUAGUUGUCUUUUUAAUCCUUAUAGGAGUACUAAAUCAGGAAAAGCCAAAGCCUCUUCUGUUGUAAAAUAUGCAUCAAGUUUAAACACAGAUUUAAGGAAUAGAGUAAAAGGGGAAGAGGCCAUCAUUUUUUAAAUGUUUUCUUACUAAAUAAAUUGAGACAUGAAACAUCUUCCCUGAAAUGUAGUGUUUGUGCAUCAUGUAAUACUUAUAAAAUGUAAUUCUUAAUCUUCAAAGAUGCCUUAUACCUAAUAAAAAGGAAAAAAUAUAUUUCUAU